AGACAAACAAAGUGAAGGUAUAUAAAGUGUGUUUCCAUCUCUGAGACAUCCUGUGACCAGAAACUGCUGCUGGAACAGACUCUUCAACUAAUCAUCAAAACAAGAUGGCUGCUGGUCUCGUCUUCACUCUGCUUCUUGGUCUGAGCUUUGGACUCUGGGAUGGAGCUGAUGCUGGAUGUCAACUGAGAGCUCCCACAAAACUUGACUGCCCUGCAGGCUGGAGUUGGUUCGAGCAUCGCUGUUUUGUGUUUGUUCCUUAUCAAAUGACCUGGGCUGCAGCAGAGAAACAUUGCCUCUCAAUGGAUUCACAUCUGGCCUCAUACCACAGUAGAGAGGAGUACAACUUCAUCAGAAACCUAAUCCACAAAGCAACUGGAAAACACACAACAUCUUGGGUUGGAGGUUAUGAUUCAGCACAGGAGAGGACCUGGUUUUGGAGUGACGGUUCCAAGUUUAUUUUUACUAACUGGCAUGCCGGUCAGCCAAGCAAUGGUGAAAACGAAGACUGCAUGGACAUCAACGCAUAUGAACAAGAUUAUGUUGAUGAUGUUACCUGUGGUAAUACCUUUCCCUUCAUCUGUGCCAGACCUCUGUAACCUUCUCAUGACUUUUAAACGCCCAUAUGGGUUUCCUGCUGGUGAUGUCACUUCCCCCUGGAUGUUAAGCCUCGAUGACAUCACUGCUGGAAGAACCUGAUUUCACUUCAUUUGAUCACUUUAAUAAACAUUUAUUUCUCUGAAAUCUGA